GGAGACAAACAGUCAUCAGCUGGUGACAGACGGGCCAGCCUACUUUCACUGUGGAGCUCAAACCUUCAGCUUCACUCAAAUCCCCCACAGAGACACAGGCGCCCACUGGAUAGCAGCAACACUCAGGUGUCAUGGACAGACAACUUAUUCGCACAUGUGCGCCAACAUUUCACCGUGUUUCUGUGUCUUUGUGUCUUUAGAAACACUAUUUAACCAGGAGGUGUGUUUGAAUUAACACUCGGUUAUGGAUCGACUGGAUGAAUGGAGCUUCAAGUCCAAGAAAAUGGACCUGCAGGAGGAUUUCUACUUCGACUACGGAGCGGAGGAAAUGACAGGUUAUCAAGACCCCAAUGAACUUGUUGCUGCUUUGAAACAAAAGGAGGAAGAGGUUAUUUUGGCAGCCCAGCUGGGAAACGCAUUGCUCCUGGAAAACCGUCAGUUGAAAGAGAAGAGCGACAAACUUCAUGAACAAUACGCAGACAAGCUGGAGGAGCUGGAGCAGGGCAGGCAUGAGCUGCGGCUGAAGCUGGAGGGCAGCCAGUCCCAGUGGGAGAGCCAGGUGUUGGACCUGGAGAGGGAUGUGAGGGAGCUGAGGGCCCAGGUGGAGCGGCUCACCCGGGCCCUCAGCAAGGCCGAGAGGGACAAGAGUCGAGCCCAGGUGGAGCACAGCGAGCACACACAGCGACUCAGGGAGCAGCUCGACACAGCGAUGGAGGUGGAGAGAGCCAUGUCCGGUGAGCUGCAGGCUCUGAAACAGGAGCUCCAACAAAAAGGAAGCCACAACCGGCCGCAGGACGAGGAGCUGAUCAGUGCCAUGAGGGAGCAGGUGCUACGUAUCACCCAAAAGGAGCAGUUGCUGGAAGAGCGUUUGGAGAGUGUGUGUACAGAAAACACUGAGCUGAGGACGAGUUUGGCCUCCUUACACACACGCCUGGCUCUACAUGACCAACUCAACCAGCAGCACAGCCAGCAGCUAGCAGAGGCAUGGCAGGAGGUGGAGGCAGCGAGGGGUCGCUCACAGCAGCUGCAGGUCCAGGUGGAGGAGCUUCAGGAGGAGGUGUCCCUGCAGGAAGGCAGGAGCCACGGAGACGCCUCCCUGCUGUCUGAGCUGGAGAGCAGCCUGGAGACAGCAGGGCUGGGAGUCAGUAAAGAAGAGAUAACGCAAGAAAUGGGAUCCAUCCUUCAGUUACUGCUCCCACUGACUCAGGAACUAAACAGCUCAGAGAGGUCAGAGGUCGUGGAUCAACAGGAGGACCUGCAGGCCAUGCUGCAUCAGCUGAAGGGAGUGGCCCAAACCCUGGCACAGGCAUCCAGCCCUCAGGAGCUGAAUCGAGCUUUUGUCGACAGGACGGGCGAUCAGUGUGGGAAUCCGAGCGCAGCACAGGAGCUGAGAGAUCAGAACGUCCAGCUGCAGCUGGAAAACGCUGAACUGAAGCAGAAGCUGCAGGGUGUGCAGGAACAGGCUGAAGUGGUCCAGCAGGCCAUCAGAGACCGAGAUGAAGCCAUAGCCAAGAAAAACCUGAUGGAGGCCGAGUUGGUGAGAAGUAAAAAUGACAUGAUGUCUCUGAACAACCAGUUAUUAGAAGCUAUCCAACGUAAACUGGAGUUGUCACAGGAACUGGAGGCCUGGCAGGACGACAUCCAGAUCAUCAUCAAUCAGCAGCUCCGGUCCCAGCAGCAGUCGGAGCAUCUUCAGAAAAAGUCCACCUCCAACGGCAUGUCCUUUUUCCGCAGGACCAGCAGGACAGCCUCCACCUGGACACGCCAGCCCUCCUCCUCCUCCUCCUCCUCUUCCUCCACCUGGAAUUCAGACGCUGAUCAGGGCAAAACCCAAUCCCCCUGGAGGGACUGGUUAAGGCGAGGGAAAGGGGCGAAUAAUGGACAGUGA